GUGUGAAAAGACGAUUUAAACGUCGCAAUAAGUAACUUACAGAACUAAAAAUAAAGUUUAAAUUAUCUCUUCAGUCUUCUGAUACAAUCUUCCAAUCAUUGGUGGUUUGGGGAGGCUGUAAAAACCAACAGAUAUAGGUGGAUCGUUGGACAAAUUCUAUUGGAUCAAGAUCUGAGAUACUUUCAGAAAUGCCUGCUAAUCGUAAUGUGUUGAUGUUUUGUGAGCUAAGAACUACUGCAUGUAGGCAUCUCAUAAAUUCAGUUAUAGUUGCCUGGAAAUGUGGGUUGUGGGAUGGAUCAGCAGCGAAAGCAGCCAGUGAAGAUCUAUGGUAAUGUUGGCUUGGCAGGUCGAAUUGCCUCAUUUCAGAGAAAAGUUGAAGGGCAUAAAGAGACGCAAGAUAUUAAUCCAUUUUCAGAGUGGGAAGAAGUACCCCAUAGAACUCGGUUGGACAAAGAUGACUCAAAUUGUAGGAUUCCAGGAGAAGAAUCCAAGAUAGAGACUCAGGGCAGUAAAGCUGAUCAUGGAAUGGCUCAGCUGCGAAAGCAACCAGUAAAGAUUUAUGGUAACACUGGAUUAGCUAGCAGAGUUUCAAUGUUUCAGAAGAAAGCUGAAGAGCAUAAAAAUAAGCAGAUGAUUAAUCCAUUCUCAAGCUGGGAAGGAGCAUCUCACAGGGCUCGACUGGAUAAAGAUGAUCCAAGGUAUGGAAAGCCAGUAGAAGGAUCCAAGACAGAGGGUCGAGGCAUAAAGGCUAAUGAAAUGAUCAGUAAUGAGAUUAAAUUCUUGUGUGAAAUGAUCUGGAAAAAUGGGGAACAGAAUUAUGAUGGAACAGCUGACAUAACUUUUGGAGAAUUGUUUCAGAUCUAUACAGUGAUAUCUAAUAAGUUGGUAGGUGUACUGAUGCGGGCUAGAAAGCAUGGCCUUGUCUACUUUGAAGGCGAGAUGCUCUUUCAGCGAAGAGAUGAUGAUGUCCUUAUUAGUCUGCUAAAACCCAUUGAUGAGAUUAGUACAUUGUUUAGUCAUGAGACCUAGGACUGAUAGCUUUCUCUUCUCUGGCUAGCCAUCUAUGUCAGAAAAUCAGAGCCUUAUGAUAGUGCCUUAUUUCUGUUAAUGCAAUUAGGAUUUUAAUCUUUGAUUGUUCCAACAAGAUGUUUUGUUAUUAAUUUUUUAAUAAUUAAAUUGUCUAUAUUCUAACAAAUUACAUUUUUAGAAUGAGUGUUGUUGUUUUUUACAAGGGUGCAUAGUGUCAUUGCAUCACUUUGAAGCUGGAUUGCAUAAAUAAGCAAAAUAAUGUUAGUGUUAUAGGUAUUUUCAAAAUUAAAACUAUUAUAUGAAACAGAAUUUUAUAUUUUUAAUAGUCAAAAUUACUUUUAUUUUGACUCAAUAAGUGGCUUAGAUAAGAUUUAAGUGAGAAAUACAUUUUAGUAAAAUCUUAAGGAAAUGCACCAACAUACAAUUUUCUGAAGGUUUAAACAAAAACAAACAGGUUUUUUAUACUCUAACACUUAACAAGGAUUUGACUUUCUAUAAAUGAUACUUACUAUAAUAAUUCUGGCCAGAUUUGUAACUUGUUCUGAAACUUUAUUUUUCUGUUCAAACUAAUUAAUAUUUGAACAGUGUCAAGAUCUCUCAGUCGUUUGUCUUGUAUGUUUGUAUUGUAAAUUGGUAUGGGAUUUUGAUAUAUGUAAAAGUGGUAUUGCAUUAGAAUAGUAAUCUAUUUACUGUAAGUUUAUAACAACCCUACCUGAAAAAAUUUGAGUAGUAGAAAAUUUAAAAAGUUUUUUUUAAUAUCAAUAAUAAAAAUAUUCAUGUAUGAUGUAUAUUUGACCAGUGAAAGUUUUUGUACAAAAAAUCUUCACUUAUAAAAGGUUGCACACACAAACAUAAAUAUAUAAAAAAAACUGAUUUUACAUGCUACUUUUAUCAGUACAUAAUAUUUAAAACUUGUGGAAUAAACAUUAUUCAUGUAUAAACAAUUACAAGAUUUGUGUUUAGGAGGUACAAAUUACAGUGUAAAAAAAUAUCUGAGUGUCUAAAUAUGUAAGUUUAGAAAAAUAAGAUGGUAUGUAGGUAUGUAUUAUUACUAGCAUAUCUUUAGAGAUUUGAAAUUAAUCAGGACAUUUUGAUUUCAUACUUACCUGAUAGAUUAUAUUAACUGAGAGGUAGUAUGUGUAAAAAAAUUGCCACAUAAUGGUUUUAUGUUUAGGUCAGCUAGGAUAUAACAAGUACAUGUUAAAGAUAGUAAGAAGUCUUUUGAUCUACACAUCUUCAUUUAACAUAGAAUUGACUGCUGUUAUUAAGUAUAUAAACAUUCAAAACUAGCAUCAUUCUUUCAUUGUGUUGCUAGAAUAAAUACAAGAAUAUACUUAUAGGCUUAUUAAACAUAAAAGCUGUGCAAAGAUGCAUUUUUAUCCCAAGAGUAAAUAGAAAAAAUAACAUUUUGUUAGACUAAUAUGACUUUUAUAGUGUUGUCUUUUAAUUUGAAAAUGUAUAGAAAUUAUUCUAAUAGCGUCAUCAGUUAGUAAAUUUCAACUUGUGUUUGAAAGUGUUGCUAAUUUUAAUGAGAUAAUGUUGUUGAGUAAAAUAAAGAUAAAAACAUUUAAUCAUAUUCUGUAACUGGAAUGUUUUGCAAGAACGAGAUUUGUAAUGCUUUGAAAACGAAUUAUUGAUCGUAAUAAAAUUAUAAAUACUAUCA